GACAUUGUCAGUUGUGUAGUUGGGAUGGCUGAACUGACAACAUCCCUACAAACGUGGGGGUUUAAAACUCCCAAAUUUACAAGAAAUUUCAUAAGAGUGCGAUAAAAUUAACGUAACCUUAGAUAACUAUUAAUUUUAUUUCCAUUGAAAAGAUCCAAAUUGUAAAUGAAUUCUCGGUUACUACAAAAUUGAAUAUUUAAACAUACCUGUCUGAUCCUUUAAGCUGAGAAUUAGACUUCACUUUAAAAGGUUUUUUAAACAUCGUAGAAAUUUAAAACACUGUACCAGAAAGAAGAGCCAGGAGGAACAUGGGUCUGGGUACCAAGCGAAAAAGCCCAUGGCGACAUCGCUGGUGCCAUAAGCUCUAUGUCACAAUUAUAACAGUCCCCAUUGCCGUAAGCAUCUGUCUGUCAGUCAUCAUUGUGUUUCGUUCUUUCGUCGCCAUUCCUGAUGAUGCUACGCCAAUAAUUCAACUGACAGGCACUGACCAAUUCAUCGACGAGUCCAAAAUCUUGGAAAGAGCUGAAAGACUGGCUGGUGCAUUGAGAAUUCCUACAGUUUCAUAUGAACCAGAUGUUCAAGAAAAGCAAGCCAUCUUAAAACUCCACCAGUUUAUUGAGAAAAGUUUUCCACUGGUCCAUUCCUCAAAAUUUAUAAAAAAAGACGUUGUAAAUGACUACAGUCUUUUAUACACAAUUCAAGGCUCAAACUCCAGAGCGGGAUUGUUACCGUAUUUACUCGCCUCCCACCUCGACGUAGUCCCUGCUGACCCCAAAACUUGGGAAGUUCCACCCUUCAGCGGAAAUAUAAUCAACAAAACUUAUAUCUACGGUAGAGGUGCCAUCGAUGAUAAAUCAGGAGUAAUGGGUAUACUUGAAGCAUUGGAGAAUUUAUUAGAGAAAGGAGAGCGGCCUGUAAGAAGUUUCUUUAUAGCAUUUGGGCAUGAUGAGGAGAUUUCAGGACGUCGCGGGGCUCAAGAAUUGGCAAAGGUUUUGGUCAACAGAGGAAUACAAAAGCUUGAUUUUGUUCUUGAUGAAGGUUUUCCUCUAAUAGAAUAUCCAGCUCUAACACCUGAUAGAAAAAUUGCAAUGAUUGGGGUUACAGAGAAAGGAUCUUUAACCUUAGAACUGAGUGUGACUGGGUCUCCGGGCCACUCCAGCUUGCCACCCUCCGAGAGUCCCAUCGGCAUCUUAGCCUCUGCCGUUGCCAAACUUGAGGACCAUCAGCAACCCAUCAUGUUUGGCAAAGGUCCUGAGUAUGCUACCUUCCAGUAUCUGGCUCCCUAUGUUCCUUUUUGGUAUCGCCUGUUGUACAGCAAUCUAUGGCUGUUCUCAUGGCUCAUCGCUUAUGAGAUGGAUCAAAGUCGAGCAAUGCGUCCUUUUGUGCGAACAACAACUGCAAUCACUAAGUUCAACAGCGGGAUAAAGGACAACGUCAUACCUCCAUUGGCAACAGCAACAGUGAACCACCGAAUACACCCGGCACAAACCGUCAGCCAAGUUGUCCAACACGACAGAGAGAUAAUCUCAGAUCCGAGGGUGAGAAUUCGCGUCAAGGUAGCACGAGAAGCCCACCCUGUCUCCACGUUCGGUCCUUCCAGUCCUCAGUUCCAGCUUAUGUCGUUCACUAUCAAGCAGGUCUUCCCAGAUGCUGUGGUUGUUCCAGGGGUCUUCAUAGCCAACACAGAUACAAGGUGGUAUCUCAACUUCACCUCUAGUCUCUACCGGUUCAUCCCUACAGUCAUCACUCCUGACGACUUGACUCGUUAUCACGGCAACAACGAAAGAAUCUCAGUCCGCCACUAUCACCAGGCUGUAAAUUUUUACUACCGAGUUAUCAAAAACGCAGAUCUCCUGGCCCACCAAACCUCUCCCCCCUCCACACAUACUUCUGCCCAUCUCCAGGAGUUGUGAGUCCUACCCAACUUGAGUUGCCUGUUCUGAAAUCCUCGGGGAAUGACUUAUUAUUGUUAUUGUAAAUAAACAGGGUAUUGAUUUUUUUGUUACCAUGUUACUUUUUCAAAUGUUACUGCUGUGUUGGUUGAUUUUCUAAUUGAAAAUGUUACUAAAGUAAAUUUAAAAAUAAACUGUUCCUAUUUCAUCAUUUAUAAUGAUUGAGUGAGAACAACAACAAGCAAUAAAAUCGUUCAGAUUUUAGUGAAAGAUUCAAUUAUUUUUUUAGCUGUUAUUUAAGAAUUUCUUAAGUUUAAUUGCUAAACAGUGUGUAAAUAAACUUUCUUAUUCUGAUUAAGAGAAAACACAAAUGCUGUGUGAUGGAUGAGGUAAAAAGUUAUGUUUUUUUUUCAACAAGUAAAAUAGUAGGGAAGGCAACAAACCAUGUAACUACCUGAAACUUAUUAGUCAUUGAAAAUAAAUACUAGUUAUAGAGUUAUAAUUACUUACUGUACCAAUUUUGUUUUAAUUAUCGUGGUCCUGUAAUCUAAUGUAUCAACACAAAAACAUAGUUUUUCAUUUCUCAAUGAAGCCAUGUAUAUGCCUUUAAGGUACCCGAGCUCACAUAGACUUCACUGUAAAAUAGAUUAAGCACUGCCUGAAUCUAUUGCCUCAAACCCUUAAUAAUAUUAUAAAUGACAACUAUUUUCAAAACGGCGUAGGAAAGUUAUCAGUUAACUGUCUUGAGGGGAGAGAUCAUAUACCUAAAAAUUAUUUUUGGUAAAAAAGAAGCAGACACAUUGAUAUUUAAGCUUUGUUUUAUAUCUGCUUAAAGAAUACAAGUUUUAUUGAAAAGGAACAUCUAAAACUGAAAACCAUCCUCUAGAGUUUUGUGUGUUUCCUGUUUAAAUAUUGCAAAAUAAAUCCUAGAAGUUCUCAAAUACUUGUCACAACCCCACCAUAAAAAAGUAAACAAUAACUUUCUGGACCAACAACACAACAAUUUAAGUCAAUAUUUUAAUCUUGUACGUGAUAUACUAUUUUGUACCCUGGAAAACUACAAAUAUUAUUUUUACAAUGAUUGAUAGUCCAAACCAAAAUUUCAGGUAGCUGUUUCAAGCUACAUUCUAGGAGCACUCUAAUAAACUAUAACUCACAUUAAAAGUCUUGCUGGAGAUUGAUUAAAAAAGCGUUUGAAAUAUAAACGAGAAAACAUGCAAUGGUUAGGAAGCAAAUGCAAAAUCAAAUCCAAUAUUUCUUGUUGGCCUACUGCCACUAGACAAAACAUGAUCAUAGUACAACUAUUUGAGCAACUUCUUUCUUAAGGAAUGUCUGCUUGGUUACCUUUAUGUUGAUACUAUUUCCUGCUGCUGUAUCAUGUGCUUGGUGAUUUGGCCAAUUGUUGAGAUCAAAAACUUACAUUUCUGGAUCAUGUUUAGAAAUAAUUGUACAUUUAUGCCGUCACUGGUUGGUUGAAAAAAGUAAAAUAUAGACUAUUGUUUUACCUUAUUCAAUCUGUUGCAAAGUGAGCUUAAAAUCAAACCAGUUGUUUUAUGUCCUAUUAAUGUAAAUAUUCAGUUUACAAACAUGUUCAAAAAAAGAAAUUUUUUUUUAGAAGAGGUAAUAUUGUGAUAACUCAAGUAAAUUAUGGCGAUAGAGCACUAUUCUGCAAUUUAAGUGUGAUCGAAACAAAAUAAUUAAUUUGUUUGAAAUUGCUAUAACUGUACCCUCAAUUUUCAGCAAUUAUGGUUCUAAAAUAUUUGAAAAUAACCAAUAAACUAUUUAUUUCCCUAAAAGUGAAUAAUCAAAUUUGGUUCUUGAUGCCUAGUAUUUACCUUCUAUGAAUAUAGGCCAAGUUAAAAAAACUUCAAUACUACUAGAAUACUAUGAUUAAUCUAAAUAAUAAAUAUCUUAUUCAUACAUUCAUGUCCCAAUUAAUUUAAUUGUCCAACAGCUUUUUCCAUUAUACAGUACAUUAGGACAGCCAUCUUUCAAACAGAAUUUGACAUGAGUUCAAACACUUGUUAUUAAGAAAGUUAGUUUAAUGCUAACAGGCCAAAAGUUUCCAACUUGUUAAAACACAUCGAACUGUUAUAGGCCCUCAAAAUAGUCUUGUCUAUUGCACUAUUGAAGUAUGAGCAAUCUUAGUUUGUCAGAUUAAUUUGGCUCAGUAAGUUGUGUUCAAUUUGCUUAAAUUUUUAUUUUUAGUGAUCAGUGUCCAACAAAACAAUGAUGAUGUACAAGUCAUAAUGACAUUUAGAGCUUGGUUUAAAGUUAAUAAGAAACUACUUCAACUUAUGUAAAAAAACAACUCAAAAAUAAAAAAAAUACUGUUCAAUCCUUAA